AUGCCUCGUAAACAUAAUUCCCGUCGCCGCUCUGUCGGCUUCCUGGAAGCUCUUGGGCAGUGGACUAUGGGCCCUGAGUCUUCUCGUCGCACUUCUCGUCACGGUGGCCGUCCACAUGGUCAUACGGAAGCAUAUAGACAGGCUCGCCUGGACAAUGCACCGCCCGAACUGAACCUUACAGCUCGCCAGUGGCGGGAGUAUGCCGAUCACGUCCCCGCCGGAUACUGCACAGAUGGAGAAGAUGAUGAUGGCGGCCGUGAGAAUGUAAAACGAUCUCCCCCCCCUGUGGUACAGCCUGAACCGGGUCCCUUUCGCUCUGCAUGGUCGCACUCUUCGAGUUCAGCAGUGACCCGUGCGCAUGGGACUGUAAGACGACGAGACUCACUUUUGGAUCGUAUCGUAGGUCGCACGCCCAUGCAGGAACCUACUAGCCCGCUGUCGCGGGAUGAGGUAAGUUUCAAUGCCAACAACGAUCAACUGUUCGCUAAUGUUCCUCACUUUGAGGUAAGGCGAGAUAUAGACGACGUUUUCGUUCAUCAGCAGCGAGCUAGUGACGAUGGAUCCAUAGCUGCGACUUUUGGGCAGCGUAUAGGCGAAGCAGGAUCCCGAGAGAACGACCAAGGAGAGACCGAGGUGAACGCCCAGUCUCUGCGAGAGUCACAAUUCUUCAGCAAUCCUCGCCCUGCUCCCCGGAUCCAACAAGCAAACUCAGAUGCAUGGCCCAUAGCGCAAAACAUCUCUCGCGAGCCUCUAGAGCGCUCGCGUAAUCGUGUCGGUAGUAGGCGCAACACCGUCAUCGAGGUUCCUGAUGAGCGACACGGUGAAGACCAGGAACCAUCUGUAUUCGGAGGGAGGAGCCAUGUGACCGUCUGGCCUGGUCUAGAUCAAGGUCGCGAUGAUGGCAGUUUGGCUCCUGACGACAGCGCCACCCAGAUUCCGAUGCAGCGUCGUGGGCAGGAUAGCAGAGUACCACAUGGAUCUCGUGCUAGAGACUCUCACAAUGUGAGUUCACGAAUUGAAAGAUCGCGACAGGGUCGCGGCCGACAUUAA